GGUCUAAGUGAGGCAACACCGUUGGGCAGCGAUCUGACGCUACGAUUCUAUCGACCGCAGUCAUCAGUUUGGGAUUUAUCGAUGCUCAUCGUUUGGCUGUUGGCUGUGUUUUGCGUUGGUGUCGGAGGGUAUUGGGCUGGCCAUCGCAAAACGUAA